UGAAUGCACUAUGCAGCCAAUGUGCUCCUGAAUGUCACCAAUAAAAAACAAACUUCAUGUUCGUAUAAUUGAAGAGUGUUGUAUUUUGUACACAAUUAAUGCAAUAUUUGGAAAUUGUGUACAAAAAAGGGUGUGAAGAGAAAUAAACCAUAAUUAAAUAAGUUCUCACAGUAUGGCAGAAAAGCUACGAAGAUAUGAGAAAAUUGACUUUUUAGGUGAAGGACAGUUUGCCACAGUUUACAAAGCAAAAGAUGUGGAGACAAGUAAAAUAGUAGCUGUGAAAAAGAUUAAAGUAGGAAGUCGCGCGGAAGCCAGGGAUGGUAUAAACAGAACAGCUUUGAGAGAAAUUAAACUCUUGCAAGAGUUAAAGCACGACAAUGUUAUAGGACUGUUAGAUGUAUUUGGUCAUAAAUCUAACGUGUCAUUGGUAUUUGACUUUAUGGAUACCGAUUUGGAAGUGAUAAUAAAAGACAACAAUAUAGUGCUAACCGCGGCCAACAUCAAAGCUUACAUGAUUCAAACGCUGCAAGGUCUAGAUUAUCUUCACUUCAAUUGGAUACUCCACAGAGACUUGAAACCGAAUAACUUGUUGGUGAAUUCGGAGGGUGUUUUAAAGAUCGGAGAUUUCGGCUUGGCGAAAUUCUUCGGAUCACCUAACCGUAUUAAUACUCAUCAAGUGGUCACAAGGUGGUACAGAUCACCCGAGUUACUCUAUGGUGCCAGGCUUUAUGGAACCGGGAUUGACAUGUGGGCAGUGGGUUGCAUAUUGGCUGAACUUCUGCUGCGAGUACCAUUUCUACCUGGCGAAUCCGAUUUAGAUCAGCUCACUAGAAUAUUUCAGACACUAGGCACUCCAACGGAAGAAACGUGGGCGGGAAUGACUGAAUUGCCCGAUUUCAUUCAGUUCAAGCCUUUUCCUGGCACGCCGUUGAAGCACAUAUUCACUGCCGCCGGUGACGAUCUUCUAGAUUUAAUCGCUAGUCUCUUAAAUGUCAAUCCCUUGGAAAGAUGCACGUGCGAUCAAGCGCUGCAGAUGCCGUACUUUAAUAACAAACCUGCACCGACACCUGGGCCGAAGCUGCCCUUACCCACGUCCAUCAAACGUCAACCUGAAGAACGACCUAGUUUGAAAAGAAAAUUGUUAGAAUCAAUUGAAGGUGCCUCUUUAGCGAAAAGAUUGCAGUUUUAAUUGCGACUGAUAAAAUUUGAGUAAAAUAACUGAAACUAGAAAAUAUAAGUCGCGUGUAAUAGCAUUAACUUUGUGAGAAAAGACAGCUAGAAAAAUGGAAAUUCAUGUUUUGAUACUGUUGCGUUCACUGCAAUGUAGAUAUUAUUGCAUUGCGAGAAGCACGCGUUGCUUUAUAUAAAUAUCAUAUGUUUUGCGAGAAUUUCGCAAUAGUAAUUAUAUAUAUGUACUUGCUUGGAAGAAGUAUGUGUGAUCGAGCGUAUAAUUGUUUGAGAAGUCUUAGUUUCUUAAAUCAAGUUUAUAAAAAAAUUUCGCGAGAAAUAAUGAUAAUAUAAUAAAUGAACAUAAUAGUGUCAA